AUGGAAGCGGCAGCAUCGGUCGCAGGGCUAGUGGCCCUUGCCGACCUCGUUAUUGCGAAAGGAUAUAAAUACUACUCUACGGUUAAAGAAGCAAAACACGAGAUUCGAAGCCUUAUAGAUGAAACUGUAUUAUUGCAUGGAGUACUUAGCAACCUACGUUUCGCUCUCCUACGGCUUGGGGAGUAUGCGAUCGAGCAGCAGUUCGAUAUCGAGAAGCGGCGGAUUAUCAAUUGGGCAAGCACUGCGAAUCCUCGGGCUGCCCACCAAAAUAAUUUGAGUCUCCGAUAUGCUGGAACAGCUGAAUGGUUUGCUGAUCGCGACGAGUACCAAACAUGGAGGAACACGCCCAAUGCGCGGCUCUGGCUCUCAGGAAUCCCGGGUGCUGGAAAGACCGUCAUGGUUUCAUCUAUUAUAGAAAGUAUCAUCGACGAGAUGGAGGAUAGCGAUGCGAUAGCUUUCCACUACUGUGACUUUAAGUCCAAAGACUCACAGACUUUGGACAAUAUACUCUGUUCACUAAUCAUGCAAGUUUCUAAGCAAAGCGCAUCCGCAUUCGACAUCCUAGAGGAGGUUUACAUCAAGCACAAUCCUGACAGAUCUAUUGGCUCUUGUUUAGGGGAUUGCGGUGUUGACCUUAUACAAAUUUUGUCACAAGUCUCCAUGCCAUAUGCCAACUUGAUCAUAGUUGUUGACGGAUUAGACGAAUGCACAAAUAGAGCCGACUUAGCACAGCAGCUUAGCCGACUCCCAGAUAUAGGACCCAACCCAAUCAAGGUUCUUUUGUGCAGUCGCCCCGAACCAGAUCUUGAGAACGUAUUAUCCGCCUAUGAUAGAAUCGAGGUCGCCGCUUCCAAAUCAGAUGUACAGCUUUAUGUUGCGUUAGCCGUUGAAGACCGAAUCCGUUCUAAAAAACUCAGACUGGGUAGGCCUCGGCCAGGGAAGCCUGAUAUGAAGCCUUUGAUUAUAGACAAUCUUGUCGAAGGCUGUAAAGGAAUGUUCCAGUGGGCAGUCUGCCAGAUCGAUUAUCUAUGCCAGCUUGGUACCGAUAACGAGCGGAAGCAAGCGCUGAGCAACCUUCCACCGGGACUAAAUGGAGUUUAUCAGAAAAUUCUGGAAAGGAUAACAUCGAAUGAGGGCGGGGGCGGAAGCGACAUAGAGUAUCUCCUGCGGACGCUACGAUGGCUGACGUUUUCCGUAACCCCGUUGACUUUAUCACAGUUGACAGAGGCUGCUGCGAACAUUAGAUCUGCGGAGGGUUUCUAUGAUGAGGACUCAAUUCUUGACGAGGAUAAAAUUCUCGAAUUAGGGAGCAGUUUUGUGAGACUGAACCACGAAACAAAAAUAUUGGAAUUUUCUCACUUCACCGUCAAAGACUUCUUCAUACAAUUAGAGAAUUGGAGUCAACGCCCGCCUUCAUUAGACCUUUUCAGAAUAAACAAAUUUGAUAGUCACAGAUGGUUGGCAAAGUUUUGCUUGCGCUACAUGAUGCUCAAAAACUUCCAAGAAGCGUAUCUCUUUGCUGAUGACGAAUUCGCGGGGUUGUAUGAGACUUACCCAUUACUCAAGUACGCGGAUUACUAUUGGGACGAACACGCCAGGGCCGCUCUUCCUCUUUGGGACGAUGAUCUUGACACCUUGGUUAAAGAUUUCCUUAGAGUCCAAAACAAUUCUUACUUCCUGCGAUGGCGAAAAGGCAACCUCCUCCCUGAUAUUGGAAACUCGAGACCUGGCUUCUGGGGAAACGGUUUAUUCAUUCACGAUGGCAUCCAGCUUUUCUUCGCAGCUUAUUCUGGGCUGUUAAGCGUAACGAAAGAACUCGUUAAGGAGGAAGACUGUGUCAAUUUUAUAGUCCCUCACUGCGGAACUCCUCUUUCGGCGGCUUUGCUCAAAUAUCAUGAACGGCAGAUACCGGUCGAGCUUCAAUCAGAUAAUCAGUUACCCCCGAUUUCUCAUGAUUACAACCAGAUAAUCUUGCUCUUGAUAAACUCGGGGGCUGAUCCCAACAUAUGUACCGAGGGGAACGAAAUUACCUACCCCUUUUUCACUUUUUUCGAAGCAGGAAAAUACUGUCCUACGACUGCAGAACUGAUAUUCUCAAAACUUGAGAAGCAAGUUUCGAUGGAAGUUGUUGACUCUUUAUGCAAAAAUAUUCUAAGUGGGUGGAUCACCAACGCCGAAGUCAUCCAGUUACUCGAAUUCUCCACGGCUGAACUCUGGGAUAGAAACUGUAAAGCGAAAAUCUGCGAGGCUUUGAUGAGAAAUGGGGCUGCGGAAGCAGAGGUCGGGCAUCUUGUCGAUGAUUUCCGGCCAUUGGCGCUGAACAAAAACGAAGUGCCUGACCCCGAUGAGUUUUUUCCGAUAAGAAAUACUCUUACUCCUGAGCAAGAAACAGACGCACCACGUCUGCAAAAACUACUCUCAGCUGCGAGAGCAGGGAUGAGUGACAUAGUCAAUACUAUUAUCUCCAAAUACCCUGGUAUUAUCAACAAUCGUGGUCCAGAUGGAUUUACCGCUCUUGAUUGCGCGUGCUCAUUUGGUCAUGAAACCAUAGUGAGUCAGCUGCUGGCUUGCAGUCGUAUUUCUGUGAAUACGCAGGCGCCAGAGAAUGAUAAUUUCUCGCCUUUACACUAUGCUUGCAUUUCUGCACAUUAUAAUUGUGUUCGACUCCUGCUGGACGCAGGUGCUGAUGUUAACCUCCAGUCUUCCCAUGGCGAGACUCCUUUGAUGUCCCUCUGGCAAUCGUAUGAUAUGCUUUCUGCGGCUGCUGGGAAAACAAAAAACCUUUUCAGAAUCUCAGAGGAUCUAAUUUCUUCCAAUAUCGAUUUCUCCCUGAAAACUAACGAUAAUGGCACGUAUUAUCACUACGCAUGUUUCCUCCCAGAACCUAAAUAUCUAGAGGCUGUCCUAAAUCGAAAUCGUGGCCUCGACAUCGACAGCCAGGACAUAAAAGGCUAUACUGCCCUCCAUGAUGCAGCAGCUAAUAUCAAUAGCAGUUUGGUCAAGCUUUUACUUUCACAUAAGGCCGCUAUUGAUCCCUGUACUGAUACCGGCGCUACGCCUCUUAUGAAGGCUUGCCAAUUUGGGAACCCCGAUUCAAUCGCCAUUUUAAUCCAAGCCGGCGCUCAAGUGACAGUAAAACACAAAACGCGAGGAUGGCUCCCUCAGCACUACGCAUGUUUUUCCUCCAACCCAGACAGUCUACCCUUACUAUUGAAAGCCGGGAAGGCCUCUGGUAGCCAGAUUUCAGUCGGGACACCAACAGAGGAUGGGGAAACUUUGCUGCACAUUGCUGUUCGGAACGAGUUUCCGGAAACAGCUCUUAAGCUAGUAGAAUGGCUAUUGAAACUUCCAGAUAUCGAUGUCGACUCUGUCACCACCGAGGGGUACACAGCGUUUGCAGUUGCAGCGGGGAUGAUGAAAAGAAGUCCUGAAGACCCAGACCUUGGUCAGCUGGGACUACAUUCACCAGAUAGUCCUUGUUUCCGGCGCUUUCAAGUACUUAGACUUCUCCUACCACGGACGACAUUGCCUAACGGCUUUGGUGUUACCUACAAUGCCCCCUUCUUCGAGACACUCCAGGUAACCUGCGAGGCAUGUUGGAGAGAAUGUCUUUUAUUGUUUCAGAAGCAUCCUCAGAUUGGACUAGAAGCUAAAAUCACCACUGACGAACAAACCCCACUCCACUCGUUAGUAUCGAGGGAAGUCUCACUCUCAAGAGUCGAAUUCAUGAUUAGAAGUGGUGCAAAUGCGACAGCAAUAAUGCCUGACGGCCGUACUGCACUUCAUAUGAUGCUUGGCUGGCUGGACACUGUCAACGGUAUCAAGCUGAUUAAGCUCCUAUGUGAUCAUGGAGUGGACGUCAAUGCGUCGUGCAGACUAGGCAAAACCGCACUAAUGGUAGCUGCUGAGAAACAAAAAGUUGGUUUCAUUCGAGCUCUACUUGGCUGCGGCGCAAAUGUUGCGGCAAUCGAUUCUAAAGGCUGCUCUGCACUCGAUUAUGGGAUAGAAAUUGAUUCAGAUGUCUCGGUAGUGAAGGUGCUUGUUGAAGCUGGGGCGGAAAUCGAGCAUAGCACCCAGGAUCGAGAAUUACCUCCAGUAAUUAAAGCAGCUUCUCUCGGAAACACGAUAGUCCUAAACUUCCUUCUUGACCAAAAGCCUAUCGAUGUUUCCAGAACAGUGGCCGAAACUGGAGAAAAUAUUUGGCAUAUGCUGCUGUUCUCCGAUAACUCGCUGCGAAUAAUCGAGAUAUUAAAGGAGAGAAAAUUCCAGGCCUCGAUAAAUAUGAAGAACGCAGCCCAAUUAACGCCUCUGAACAUAGCACUGGAUAUUGACUGUAGCCCCGAUAUCCUUGAAGCUUUGAUACUGGCUGGUAGUAACGUCUUCGAUGAAGAUUCCUACGGAACCACAUGUUUGGAGUAUGCAAUUAAAUCCCGUCCGGUCUCUAGUGUUAAUGCGCUCCUUAAAAACCUCCCCCGGGUCGAUUGUACAAUGGAACGAAAGGUCACACUGGAAUUUCUCCGGUCCCCAGGCUUCCCCCUUAACUCUCAAGUCAUAAAUUUAGUGCUGGAACAUCAUGAAAAUAUUUCCCAGGAGGACGUUUUCCUUUUCGCUGGGUUGAAAGACCUAGACGAUAAGGCAUAUAGCCUCGUCGCAUCCUUUAUUCGCCAAGGAAAGGUCUACACCGGAACUGAAUUCGUCAGUGAUGCCGCCGGCAGAUCUGCUUUCUCAAUCGCGGAAAGCUGCUCAAAUUUCCAAUUUUGCCGUAUUCUAGAAGAAUGGAAACCGGUUAAGGCCGAUGGCAAUUUUCCUUCCCUGGAUAUCGAUAUAUAUACCGGGGGACAUAAAUCCACUAGCAGCUCAAUCAGCGGGUCUAGUGGGAGUUCCGGCAGCGGCGCUCAUGCAUCAUAUAGAACUUUGUUCCAACGGAUAUCUCAUGCAAUUAAGUUUGGCAGCUUUCAAUCUCAGAUGGGAGAGUUUCUUUCAGACGAGGACUUUGAAAUAAUUAAGAACGGCACUGGCAAUUGCAGACCUCUAGUAGUACCAGAUUUGGGAGUUCCACAAAUAGCUUGGUUCUCCGUAACAAUCUUACAGGUUGCUAUCCACUAUUGGGAUCAGGAAGUCGUCCGUAUUCUUCUAUCGAAUAAGUGUCUGCUGCCCAUACAAGAUGGGUACGGAUGGGACGCGCUAUUUCACAUCCUCAACCGCGACGCGUCGUCUGAGCUUGAGUUUAUAGCAAAUGUUCUUGAAGGUUUAGAGUCGAAGGAAGAUCACAGAGGAGAAUUAAGGAAUCAUCGUCUCGUACCUGCGUCUGGUACAGCUGAUGAAGGUGUAUUAGAAACUGCUCUUCACUUUUUGGCCCGUUCUGGCCAUUGGCGUUGCGCAAGAAUUUUAGUGGAGAAAGCCGCUCUGUUUUUUAAGAUUCCUGAUGAGCUGGAUCUACCCCUUCGGGGUCGACAGCGCUGGAUACAAGGAGGCACAUUCUCUAUUGUCAAUCUAAUUGAUUCACGCGGCGAUACACCGAUACGUACUGCCGUCAUUCAUGGCAACCUGAAGUUCAUUGAAGAGAUGCUUAAACUCCCGGAUCCACAAAGGCCUCAUGUUGACCUGUGGGGACAAAAUGGGCUACUUUCUCUCAAAUGUGCGGCACUAGAAGUGAAAGGAGGAUAUGCAAUCGCCGACACCCUGAAUGCUGGUUAUCCUAAUCUAAAAAUGAGUGGUCAAGAAUUCUUCAAGCCAGAGCUUGAAGUAUUCUCCUGUGCAAAGAGUGCCCGGUGUCUUGAGAUACUCUUGCAAGCAGGGGCAGAUCUCAGCUUCUGGGAUGCAGCCGAAGGUCACGUUUUACAUCAUCUCCUCUUCAACCAUAUGCACGAGGCUCUAGAUGUCGUCCUGAACCACAUGGGUCCCGAGUGGGCUAUCUCAGUUCUGACAAAAAGCGCAUCGGUGUACGGGCACGCACUAGAUAUAUUAGGCCGUACCGGUUGCAACCCCUGCCUAGAGGACGGUCUACAAAAAUUCUUCGGCCCUCUUUUGCCAGGGAUCCCGAUACAAUGUAUCGAGGAUGGAAUAGAGACGGCAGCAUACCAGGGAUAUUUUGAAUUUGCGGACAAUCUUAGGUUCAUUGUUGAACAACGACUUGAUGGAAUAGAGUAA